AUGCUUCGUGUCGUUCGGGCCCUGAACCCGAUUCUGUUCCGUUCAUUGUCUCCAACAGGUGUUAGCAAGCGACUGCUGGGGCUAACUGGCUGUAACGUGUUGGGUGCUCGUUUGUUGAGCACUGCUAGCGCCAGCAGUAGCAGUGAUGCAGCGACAGGCGCAGCAGCAGCAGCAGCAGCGGCAACAGCUGCGCAGACGACGCACCGUCAACCUACGUUAGCUGAAUCUGGCCUUUCUAGUGCUGAGGACUUUCUUAAUGGAACCAAUGCAAACGUGCUGGAAGAGAUGUACGAGUUGUGGCUCCGAGAGCCCUCCAAAGUCCACGGCAGCUGGCAGGCGUUCUUCCGUAAUAUCGAGACGGGUGCCCCGUUAGGCCAAGCGACAAGCUUGCUCAGCCGGCCUCAGCGGGAGCGCAUCUCCCGUGCGGCACCUUCGGUAACCGCAGGUCGGGACGUUCUGGAGGUUGCGCGGGACACAGUGCGAGUUAUGUCGAUGAUUCGCGCCUUUCGCCACCGCGGUCACCUGGUCGCCAACCUGGAUCCACUGAACCUGUCUCAGGCAAGCGGUCACGUUGUAGCCGGUGCGCACGAGGAGUCUGCAUUGAGUCCAGCGAGAGUGCGCUACGAUUUGGAUCCCGUCUCCUACGGUUUCACUGAAGCGGACAUGGAUCGAAUUUUCUACGUAGGCGGUGACUUGCCGGGGCGUCCGCUGCGAACCUUGCGUGAGAUUCACAGCAUGCUGAAGAAUGCAUAUUGUGGAACCAUCGGCUUCGAAUACCGCCACAUGCUCAGCAAAGAGGAAAAAGACUGGAUCGCAUCACGGGUGGAGGUGUUCGGCCCGAUGUUUCGUUUCACACCGGAAGAGAAGCGACAAAUUUGGAACUUCACAGCGGAAGCGGAGCUAUUUGAAAAAUUCCUUUCCUACAAGUAUGCAACUGCAAAACGUUUUGGUCUCGAGGGUGGAGAAAGCAUCAUUCCCGGCAUUCAAGCGAUGCUCUUGCGCGGCAGCGAGCUCGGUAUCGAAAACGUCAUCAUUGGCAUGCCUCAUCGUGGACGCCUGAACGUGCUGGCCCAGGUAGUGAAGAAACCGCUGGAGCAGAUCUUCCAUGAAUUUAAUCCAGACGAGAGCCGUACUCGGGUCUAUCUCGCUGGUGGAUCCGGUGACGUGAAAUACCACCUGGGCACCAGCUCAGAUCGAACCUUAGCCAACGGAAAACAGAUGCAUCUUUCUUUGGUCGCCAACCCGAGUCAUUUGGAGGCGGUAGAUCCCGUUGUAGUCGGGAAAACCCGGGCCAAGCAGUUCUUCACAUACGAUGUAGAUCGCCGCCGCACGAUGGCGCUCCUGCUGCACGGCGACGCGGCGUUCGCUGGCCAAGGCGUGGUGGCGGAAACCCUAGAACUAAGUGAUCUGCAUGACUAUACCAUCGGUGGUACGGUACACGUGAUUAUUAACAAUCAGAUUGGCUUCACCACGGACCCAAAGCAUGCACGCUCAUCACCCUACCCGACGGAUGUGGCGAAAUGUGUCGGCAUUCCGAUAUUCCACGUGAACGGCGAUGAUGUGGAGGCAGUCGUUCACGUUUUCCGCUUAGCCAUCGAGUACCGUCAACGCUUCCGCAAGGAUGUAGUGGUGGAUGUCUUCUGUUACCGCCGCCAUGGCCAUAAUGAAUUGGAUGAACCGUCUUUCACCCAGCCGCUGAUGUACAAGAAAAUAGCGGCACAUCCCACGAUCUUGCAACUGUACACGCAUCGUUUGGUGAAUGAGCAGAUUGUUCAGCCGAGCGAGGUCCAGCAGAUGCGCGACCAGCACAUGCGUCGGUACGAAAUCAGCUUCCGCAAUGCCCCGAACUGGAAACCCCGCGAUAGCGACUGGCUCGCCUCGCACUGGAAGGGAUUCAAAUCGGAGUUUCAGUUGAGUCCGAUUCGUCAGACUGGCGUCGAUCGCGAUGUGCUGAUGCGCGUUGGCCGGGCGCUUUGUCGUAUUCCGGAAAGUCUGCAUAUCCAUCCGCAUUUGAAGCGCCUCCUGGAGCAUCGCAAGCAGAUGCUCGAAGGCGAGAUCGGUAUCGACUGGGCACUCGCUGAACAGCUCGCGUUUGGAGCACUCAUGUGUGAGGGCACGCACGUGCGUCUCAGCGGCCAAGACAGCGAACGCGGGACGUUCUCCCAACGUCAUGCCGCCCUGAUCGACCAGGAUACCGAGGAGCGUUACGUGCCGCUGGAUCAUAUUGAGGGCGAUCCUCCGGGACAGUUCCGCGUGUGCAACUCCUCACUCAGCGAAUACGCUGUGCUCGGCUUCGAAGUGGGGUACUCUUUGGAAUCCCCGCGGGCACUGGUGAUGCACGAAGCUCAGUUUGGCGACUUUAUGAAUGGCGCCCAAGUGAUCAUUGAUGAAUUUAUCGCGUCUGGUGAGAAGAAAUGGCGUCGUCAGUGCGGUAUCACCAUGCUCUUACCGCACAGCUUCGGGGGCCAGGGUCCCGACCAUUCCUCCGCACGACUGGAACGCUUCCUCCAACUCGCCGACGAUGACCCGGACGAGAUCCCGGCUGAACUCGGCAUGGACAACCGUAUGCAGAUUCAGCGCGCGAACCUUCAAGUUGUGAACGCGACCACCCCGGCAAACUACUUCCACGUGCUUCGACGCCAGAUUCACCGCGACUUUCGAAAGCCCCUCAUCCUGCUGACGCCGAAAGAGCUAUUGCGCUUGCCGGAAUGCCGCUCGCCGCUCGCCGACUUUCUCACCGGCACUCGUUUCCAUCGGCUGAUCCCGGAAACGGACCCCGAGAUCGCUACCGGUGAGAAAACGCGUCGCUUGAUUUUCUGCCAGGGAAAGGUUUACUACGAGCUCGUUGCCGAGCGAAAGAAACGCCAGAUCCGGGAUGUCUCCAUUGUGCGCCUGGAGCAGAUCUCACCGUUCCCGUACGAUCGAGUUGCGGAAACGCUCAGCGCUUAUCCGAAAGCGGAACUGGUCUGGUGUCAGGAGGAACCCAAGAACGCCGGUGCUUGGUUCUAUGUGCAGCCGCGCAUCCGCACGACCCUGCGAGGUCUCAUCGACGAGGCACACGGCAAGCACCGGGUAGUGGCGUACGCUGGGCGCAAACCAGCAGCGGCACCGGCUACCGGUAUCUACACGAUCCACGUUGCCGAGCAGAAGGAGCUGAUCGAUCAGGCGCUAAGCGAUGAACCGUUGCCCGUCACCGUCUGA